GAAAUGUCGCUUGCUAAAGGAUAGUUAUAGACUUGAAGGUUAUCAAAAAGAAAAGAAGAAAAGAAAGGAGAGAAAGCAGUAGGCCGGCUCAACAGUGAGUACAGAAAGGAGAUGCCGAACGAUUACGAUCAUUUAUUUAAACUGCUGAUUAUCGGAGACAGUGGUGUAGGGAAAAGCAGUAUUCUCCUCAGAUUCUCCGAUAAUCUCUUCUCGGGAACAUACAUCACAACUAUUGGAGUAGAUUUCAAGAUCAGAACAAUUGAAGUAGAGGGAGAGAAGGUCAAACUCCAAAUAUGGGACACAGCAGGACAGGAACGGUUCAGGACGAUCACUGCUACCUACUAUCGUGGAACACAAGGAGUGAUGGUAGUGUACGACGUUUCUAACCUGGACACGUUCGGUAACGUUCGCCGCUGGCUUCAGGAAAUCGAACAGAACUGUGACGAUGUCGUCAGAAUACUUGUUGGAAACAAGUGUGAUUCUCCAGACAAGAAAGUGUCUACUGACGAGGGGAAAGCUCUUGCUAGUCAAAUGGACAUUCCUUUCUUCGAGACCAGUGCCAAGGAUAACCUGAACAUUGAAACGGUAUUCGACGAAAUAACUAAGCUGGUGCUCGCAAUGAAAAAGAACAAACUUGCGCAGGCUAACCCCGCUAUAACUUCAACGGGAAACAUAACUGUGAAAAAGGGUGAUAGUGGUAAAAAGAAAGGAAAAUGCAGUUGCGGCUAGUCUUUUAAGUACCUCUUCUGAUAGAACUUUAAACAUUUUUGUAUGGUUUAAUAUUGAUAAAACUUUAUUUUAGUAAAGAGAUUAGUUUGUUUUGAUGCCCGUUAGCGGCCUGACUGUACAGAAACAUUUCUGAAUCGACUGUAAAACUAAUUCCGUACCUCUCCUGUGAGUGACACCCAGCACUGCAGACAUAUUAAUAUUAGGAACGUUCACAGAUUACCUAUAAACCGGCAAUUGCUUUUUUCACCGGUACAUUGUAUUGAAUAUUGAGCUGGGAUAUGGAAAGUCUUAAAAACUUACAGUCAGAUUUUUUAAAAGAUACGUUUCAUGUGAUCAAUAUGGCAUUUUUCUGUUUGCCAAUUGCCCGGUUCAAGUUUUAUUAUUCGACAUAUGUUAUGUAUGGUUACAACAAUGUUAAACCUGGUUAACAGUAUUAAAGAUUAAACUGGAUGAUUCUUUAAUCUUUUACUUCUUAAUUAGCUUGAA